AUGGACUGGUCAGCUCGCUCACCUGACUUAAAUCCAAUAGAACACAUGUGGAAUGAGCUGCAGUUUGGAAUUCAGAACCAUCCAGGAGCUUGGAGCAAUGUUGGUCCAAGAUUGGGCAGUCAUACCCGUGUUUUGUUUCAACCCGUGUCAACAGGCAUGGUCAGAGAAAAAACAGUUGCGUAUGGUCAAUCAUUAAAUGUAACCAAAAUCUUACCAAGCCGUGAUCAGAGUUCACUUAACAGAAGCUCAACAGUUCUUAGCAACAGGAAAAUAAUAAUAAUUAUUGCCUAUAUGAGAACAGGGUCAACGUUAACUGCGUCGCUUUUUCAAGAAUACCCGAACACUUUUUAUGUGUUUGAACCUAUCCGCAGUGUAUAUAUGAAGUUCAAACGAGCCAUGGAACAGCAUUUGACCAGCACAGAACUGCAUUACAUACAUGGAGUGGAAAGGAUUUUCACAAUUUCUCAGAGAUUACAAGUAGAGUUGGAUGAGAUAAACAAUUGGCUUACAUGCAAAUUAGGUUCUAUAAGCAAAGAAAGUCUGGGUGACGAUUUCCAUAAAGACCACACCAAAAUUAUGAAAGUAUUUUAUAACUGCGAUCAUGGUAUCAUGCCAAAUCAAAGACAAUCAAAUGACUUGGAUACUCACAGAAGUUUUACAAAAUAUUACGAUAAAACGAAACGAACAGACAGUUGUCUGAAGAAAGCAAUACAUUCUUGUCAGAAAUCUACAAUUACGGUGCUGAAGUUUAUUCGGUUACGCAUGAAAGAGAUAGAGAAAAUAUUACCAUUGUAUCCAAAUAUGAAAGUUAUUCAUCUUGUCCGAGAUCCGAGAGCUAUCAUUAACUCUAGAAUGAAAGUAAAUACUCUAAAGCCGAGUAUAUAUGAAGAAAAUAUUAAGAAACUUUGUGAUGCACUUAAAGAGGACCUUAAAUACUCCAAAACAAUUUUACAGCAUUAUCCAGAUAGACUUAAGGUUAUUCAUUAUGAAGACAUGGCUGAACAUCCGAUGCAAACAACAAAAUCUCUUUUAGAUUUUGCAGGAUUACAGUUUACUAAACAUAUGCAAGACUUUUUGCUAAAACAAACGCAUUCAGCACGUGAUUCAUGUGCAUAUUGCACACAAAGACGAGAUUCAAAUGCAACAGCGCAUAAAUGGCGGACUGAACUAGAUCCCAAAAAAGCAAAUUAUAUUUAUGACAACUGCAGAUUAAGUAGUGGUGUUUUGGGAUAUUUACCAUUGUCAACUGUUAGUUCUCUGCGAAAUACAAAAAUUGCCUCUAGGCAACCCUUUUAUGUGAAUAAACUUUUACUUAAUAAAAACUUCUGACAAUACCGGUCAAUCAUGGCUAACUUGUUUCUAAAUUAUAAACAAGUCACGUGCUGACAAAGCUCAAAUUAUUUUAUUUGUAAUACGUAUAAAGAUCUUUGAAUGUUAUUUGCAAAACACUUAUGAUAUGUAACAUAAUGACAUGUUUACCUUGAACUUUCAUACUUUGUGAACAAAUCUGUGAUAUCACGAAUUUUAACUGAGCGGACAAGAAACAAUAAUUAA